GCUUGACGAUCGUCUUUGAUUUCUGAAAUAACUUGCAGCAUUAAGUCGCCAACGAUCUAUUACAGAGUCAUGAUGUCCAGGCUGAUUAUUGGAAUUGUUCUUUGUAUUGGAACUAUCGUGGAUUCCAGUGAGAAAGACCUGCAUCCUUGGUGCAAAUAUUUUACCCUGGGAGAUUGUAACGGGGCUAAUGAUCGUUUGAUUGAUAUCUACGAUCUACCGUAUGUGACGGAUUCCAUACAAAUUUGCCAGGACGUUUGCGGGGUUAUUGAAGGCUGUAAAUACUUCACUUAUGAUGUGAUGAUUGAAAAAUGUUAUUUGUAUCAGUACAGGUAUCUCGAUAACUGCAAUAUUAUCGGAGGAACAUCUAUCCCUGAUCUAGUAGACUGUGAUUGGCACAUGGAGAGAAGCUGCAGUAGUUUCGUGAGACAGAAUUGUGAAUAUCCAACAACAGAAAUACUAAGGGCCCCAGCUGCAAACUCCCAGGAAUGUCAGAGGUUUCUGAAAAACUUCGAAAGCAGCGGAGCAUCUUAUUUUGUGUACAAUACUGAAUCACAAGUAUGCGAGCUACAUACCAGCAAGAGCUCUGCUUGUAAUAUGACCAGUGGACCUGUGGAACCUCAUUAUACAGAGUGCACAGGGCAUCAUUCCUCCCAGUGGUUAGAACUUACAGAAGCAACCCCAUCAUCUGGAGUGAGUAAAAUACCAGCCAUGCAAACCUUGAUUACUCGUGUAUUUACUUUACUAGGCAUAUAUUUGCUUUGUUAAUUAAUCAGAAAAAAAACGAGAAAGUGUUAUCAGAAAAAAAAACAAGAAAGUGUUAUCAGAAAAAAAAACAAGAAAGUGUUAUCAGAAAAAAAAUAUAUUGUAUAUUGUAUAUUGAAUAAAGCACUCUUUUAAGUUCUAA